CACACAGUUUCUCACAUACGCGGCAUACACAUCGGAGCACCAGCUUUCUAGCUGCUCUGAGUUUGUGCAUCUGUUCCUGACGCCAAGAUGCCAUCCUGCAGCUGGCUGUUGGCUCUGUGUGUGGCAGCGUUGGCAGGAGACUCUGCUGGUGCUGCUGCGUACGAGCGAACUGAGAGGAACUGCUCUCUGUCCCCGCCGUACCUCCGAGGCGCUAAUACCACACUCCAACUGCAGAAGUUACGAGCGAAAAUGCUUCUCCUGAAUAUCAAUGCAUAUAUUAUCCCUGGCACUGAUGCUCACCUGAGUGAAUACAUUGCUCGACGGGAUGCUAGGAUGGCCUUCAUGACCGGUUUCACAGGCUCCGCAGGCACUGCUGUAGUUACUCAGACCAAGGCCGCUCUGUGGACGGACAGCCGCUACUGGAUUCAAGCGGAGAGAGAGAUGGACUGCAACUGGGAGCUGGAAAAAGAUGUGUCCAUCAUGAAUGUGGCCGGGUGGCUCAUCGCUGAGGUUCCACCAGGCGGCCACAUUGGCUUUGAUCCCUUCCUCUUUUCCCUCGAAACACAGGAGAGCUACAGCGCCAAUCUGCAGUCGAGCAAUCGCAGCCUCAAGUCCAUCCUCGGUAACCUGGUCGACAAAGUGUGGGAAGCCAGACCGCCCGUCCCACCUCACAACCUCACCCGCCUGCCAGACAGAGUCAUACAAAGGACGUGGCAGAUGAAAGUGGAUCACAUACGGAAUCAGAUGAGGGAGAAUCCAUACCAGCCCACAGCUCUUCUGCUCUCAGCGCUGGAUGAAACAGCCUGGCUGUUUAAUCUGCGCGGCAACGACAUCCCAUACAAUCCCUUUUUCUACUCCUACACACUGCUCACAAUGGAUACGAUCUGGCUCUUCCUCCACACAGAGAGAGUAACAGAGGAGUUGAAGGUGUACCUGAACGCCUCAUGCAACGGCUCCCUCUGUGUGCAGCUAAAAAGCUACGACACUGUUCAAGAUGAUUUAAAGACGUAUGUGGCUCAGCCAGGAGUUAAAGUGUGGAUCGGCACAGAGUACACAAACUAUGCACUUUAUGAGGUUAUUACACCAGAGGACAAACUGAUGACAACCUCCUACUCUCCUGUGUUAACAACAAAAGCCAUUAAAGAUGACACUGAGCAGCAAAUCCUGAGGGAAGCUCACGUGAGGGAUGCAGUCGCAGUCAUCCAGCUGCUGAUAUGGCUGGAGAAGGCUGUGCCCGAGGGGAAGGAGACUGAGCUGACUGCUGCAGCUUACGUCAACAAGUGCCGCAGCAAACAGAAGGACAGCAGAGGCCCAAGCUUUGACACCAUCUCUGCAAGUGGACCCAAUGCUGCCCUGGCCCAUUACAGCCCGUCAGCAGAAACCAGCAGGAAGUUGACGGUUGAUGAGAUGUACCUGGUCGACUCCGGAGGACAGUAUCUAGACGGGACCACUGACAUCACUCGGACAGUUCACUGGGGAACCCCUACACCGAUGCAGAAGGAAGCCUACACACGAGUGCUCAUGGGAAACAUUGAGAUAUCUCGAACCAUAUUUCCCUCAGGGACAAGAGGCGUGAACAUAGAGAUGCUGGGCCGCAGGGCAUUGUGGGAGGUGGGCCUGAACUACGGCCACGGCACAGGUCACGGUGUUGGAAACUACUUUGGAGUUCAUGAGUGGCCGGUGGGUUUUCAGAGCAACAACAUUCCCUUCAGAGCAGGAAUGUUCACAUCAAUAGAACCUGGAUAUUACAAGGACAACGACUUCGGGAUCCGAAUUGAAGAUGUUGCUGUGAUCGUACCCGCCCAAACGAAGUAUGGUCACAACUUUCUGACCUUUGACACCGUGUCACUGGUUCCAUACGACAGAAAGCUGAUUGACACGUCUCUCCUCAGCUCAGAGCAGCUUCAGUGGCUGAAUAACUACUACGAGGCGAUCAGGAGGCUGUUGGGGCCUGAGCUGGACAAACAGAAGCUUCAUGAAGAGAAGGACUGGAUGCUGAGACACACCGAGCUCUUCACCGCAUCUGGAUCGUCUGCGUCUGUCUCUUCCUCCUCGCUGACGCUCAUCACUCUGGCCGUCGCUCUCCUCCACAACUUCAACUAAGCAUCUUCUAACGCUCACUCCAUCCUAUGCAGACUUGCACACUGACAUUACCCCUAUGCAGUCUCUAUUUAGCAGCUAUGCCAGGUUAAGAAAUGCACUGCAGUUUAGAUUUUUUUAAUUAAAGGAUGUUUUAUAAUUUAACUCUGUGAAUAAAUGUCUGUUAUUGUGACAGUCAAGAUUUAAAAAUGAGCUUUUGUGUGAUUUUUGAUGUUUUAGUUUUUUUUUUUUUUAACUGGACAUUUGUAUGACCAGCUGCUUUAA